AUGGAGGAAACGUAUGCCAAUGUUGAAUUUACCAAACCUUUCUGUCACUUUUCAGAAGCAAAUCAAAGAGGUUCACGCAGCUCUGAGAAGAGGCUCCAUCCAGCCAUUAUUGUUUCUUUGGGGCUCCUGAAUGUUCUCCUGCUUGUUGGACUCAUCACCCUGGGUGUUCACUACCACGACUUGGAUGCAGAUCUCUCCACCACCAAAGAUAAUCUGACAUCCAUGACUGAAGAGAGAGACCUGCUGAAUGCCAACCUCACUGAGACGACUGAAGAACUCAUGAAGCUUCAAAGUUUGUUCAAACGAAAAAAAACAUGCCCUGCAGGAUGGAAGAUGUUCAGUUACUCCUGUUACUUCUUCUCUUCAACAUCUGCCUCCUGGGAUCAGGGCAGAGAGGACUGCAGGACCAGAGGAGCAGAUCUGGUGGUGGUCAACGAUGCAGAUGAACAGGAAUUUAUCUCUACAUUCAGCAACAAGAUUUACUGGAUCGGUCUGACUGACAAAGAAACAGAAGGAUCCUGGGAGUGGGUAGAUGGAACUCCUCUGGAUGUGACGUAA